GAAAAAAGAAAGAAAGAAAAUUAUUUACCUACACUCAUAUCAGUCCCAAUUUUAUUGAUUUUCAAAACCCUAAAUCGAUCCGAGAAAAGGGGGAACCCUAAAUUCUUCAGAAAAAUCCGUCAUGUCUGGCCGCGGAGGCAGGGACAGAUCGCGGCGUGACCACCCGCCGUCUGGAAGAUCGAGUCGGAGUAAUGCGCCGCCGUCGAGACACCUUUGGGUGGGGAAUAUAUCCCACAGUAUACUAGAGCCGGACCUGACAGAGCACUUCUUGCAGUUUGGGGAGCUGGAGAGCGUCGCAUUCCAGCCUGGUCGAAGCUACGCUUUUAUCAAUUUCAUGAACGAUGAAGAAGCUAUUUCCGCUAUGAGGGCGCUCCAAGGUUUUCCCGUUGCUGGGAAUCCUCUUAGGAUUGAGUUUGCCAAGGCGGAUAAGUCAUCAACACCAUCACGUGAUGAGGACUACUUGCCCCAUCGAGAUGAGCAACGCUCUAAAGUAAGGUCGCCUUUCUCUUCAAGGGACAAUAGAGCACGUCGUACUAGCCCUGAACGUUUUACCCAUGACAAAUCAAAGGGGAGUGAUAGAAGUGGUGAUCCCAGUGAGGUCCUCUGGAUAGGAUUUCCAGCUUCAUUGAAAGUGGAUGAAAUGAUUUUGAAGAAGGCUUUCUCUCCAUUUGGUGAGAUAGAGAAGAUUACUGUGUUUCCAGGACGUAGCUAUGCUUUUGUUCGCUUUACGCGCUUAUCAGCAGCUUGCAGGGCAAAAGAGACUCUUCAGGGGAAGUUAUUUGGUAAUCCCCGUGUGCAUAUUUGUUUCGCGAAAAGUGAUGGUGGGUCAUCCUCCGGUGGAAGGGGCUCAGUGAAUUCCCCCAACUCUCCCCAUUUCAGGUCAAAUGGUCGCUUGGGAUCUUCUGAGAACUUUCUGCAUGAUAGGAGCUAUUCAGACUUACCAGAAGAUGCAAGCAUCAGAUCUCCUUAUAUGUCAACUUAUGAUUCUGGUGAUGAUGUCUAUAGUUUCAAGAGGAAAGGUAAUUUAUGGACUGGUGGAAAUACAUAUGAACCCCGGAGGUUUGGGGAAGGGGAGCCUGAUCCUCGAGUACCACAAGAUAUUUAUGAACAUAGUAAAAGUCCAAUAAGGUACCAGGAUUAUCCUCCAAAAUUACCUCAGAAAAAUGCAUUCUACGAAGAACCUUGGGAUAUGCCUGAAGACAACUAUCCCGUCCAUGGUGCCAAGAAAAUGAGAACCGGUUCCUUUCCUCCUGAGAAAGAGUUACCAGAGUACAAUUUAUCUGAUCUUGAACAAGAAAAACGUGUUUUUCCAAGGAUGCUCUCUGAUAUUCCUCAACCUGAAGCCUUUGAUAAGCACUUUGAGCCUGCAGCUUUGGGGUAUAAACAGGUUACUGAUCGGCAAACGAGUUUUACUUCAAUGCGUGGAGAAAGGAACAAUCACUGGAAGCCAUCUUACGAUGAUUUUCCGGUAGGGUCUGUUUCUGGUUCUCUACAAUCAAAUAUUGCUGAGAGGAAAAGAUUUACUCAGGAGCUGGAUCAGCCAUCAUUGAAAGAGUGGAAAUGGGAGGGGACAAUAGCCAAGGGUGGAACACCUGUAUGUCGUGCUCGCUGCUUUCCUGUUGGAACAGUCCUUGACAUGAUGCUGCCUGAAUUCUUAGAUUGCACAGCAAGGACUGGUUUAGACAUGCUUGCAAAGCAUUAUUAUCAAGCAUCUAGUGCUUGGGUUGUUUUCUUUGUUCCAGAAAGUGACGAUGACAUGGGAUUCUAUAACGAAUUCAUGAAUUACCUGGGAGAGAAGCAGCGAGCAGCUGUUUCUAAAUUAGACGAUAAAACCACUUUAUUUCUUGUACCACCAUCAGAUUUUUCCGAGAAAGUACUGAAAGUACCUGGGAAACUGAGCAUUUCAGGUGUUAUUUUGAGAUUAGAUCAUUCUGGUUCCACCAGUUCUGCUCAUCCAAGUGUAAGAGGCGAUUCAAACUCGUUUCCUUUUUAUGGUGAUACAUCUUUUGCAAAGCCAUCAACAACUUCAGGGCCAUUUCCUUCUAUGCCUUAUCCAGAAUUAAGUAGGCAAGGUAUUAAAGACUCCUCAUACUCGGGUAAUGGGGCAACAUCAGCUCCACCUGUUUCACUUUCCGGGCCUGCUCAUUCUGUUGGAAAUGUAUCGGACUUGUAUCAUGAGCAGAAGCAUGAUUAUGCACCCCAGCAAAACGCAGUGUAUGGACCAGGCUGGUCUUCUCUCGAUCAGCAGCGUCCGGCUUCUGUCAACAGAAAUGGCCCUCAAGUUUCCGGCUUUGAUCCAGCAAUUCAGGGACAUCAAUCAGUUAUGCCAAGGGCAGUGCAAGAAACAUAUUCUAGUACCAGUGGAAGUUCUGGGAUUCCAUUAUCUGGAAAUAGCAAGCCCUCUAUGCCUGAAUUCAAAUCUCCGUCUAUGCCGAUUAAUGCCCUUCAACCAGAACAACUAGCACAACUAGCGUCAUCUCUUAUUGGGCAGCAAGGGCAGGUUGGGAAUGUUGCAAAUGCUUCAAUGGGGGAGAAUUUUCAGCACACAAACACAAUGGACCACUCCGACAUGAUGAGACUACAACAGGGGUACGGUUUACAAAAUAACCAGGCUGUUCCAGAGCUUUCAGCAUCUCAGUUUUCUCAACUGCAGCAGUUGCAACAGCAGCAGACAUGGAACUCAGCUGCAGCAGUGUCUCAAGAAACUCAAAGAAGUCAACUGCAAGGUACCGGCAUAACGGAGGAAGGCGAUGGGGAUCCACAGAAACGCUUGCAAGCAACAUUACAGCUAGCAGCAGCUCUUCUUCAACAAAUUCAACAAGGGAAAGGAACCUGAACAAACUGCUCCCGGAUUCAACUUCGGCGCGUUGGGUAACAUCUAUUACUCUCAAAAACUAGCUUCAUGAAAUUUCACCUUGUUUCGUAUUCCAUUGGUUUGAUUCAGAGUCUUCCAAACGAGUCGGUCAAUAAUAUCAGCUUUUUAGCACUUUGCUUGAGAAAUUCCAAUCUCAGAUACUUAUUGCUGUAUGUUAGAAAUGUUCAGUGAUGAAGCUACUUAAAUAUGUAUUUCUUGUUCAAUCCUUCCAUGUUAAUAGCUACCUUCAAUUCACAAAAUAUUCGUUAUUAUUAUCGUCGGUCCUCGGUUUUGUUUUGAAGCAUGCAUUAUAUUCAUCAUGAGUGCAAAAUCAUGAUUUGUUGGAAACUACCAUUGGUGGACCUCUCAGGACGCUGAUUCUACAAAGAUUUCUAUGUGCUUUGUUCGAACUAUUUGUUGUGAUACUUGUCGGAAGUAGAUGCCAUGCGGCGUCAACAACAAUAAGGCCCAAUGUGAACGCAAUGGAGUCCGACCAUGAGCAUUGGGACCACUGAAGCAUUGUGCAUACGGUGUUUUGGAAACCUACAAGUAACUUGUGUUGUAUGCUUUUUGUAUUUUUCUGCGCCUUGCUUGUGAUGCACGGUUCUUUUAUUCAUGGUUGUGGUCCUAUUACUCUUAUUCUACCCUAGAGUUUGAUAUUUGGGUAUU